AUGUCAGCAGCAGCAGGUAGAGCAUUCAGGAGGUUUUGGGCUAGCGAAACAGGACCAAAAACGGUUCAUUUCUGGGCACCUACCUUAAAAUGGGGUCUUGUUAUCGCUGGGAUAUCAGAUGCGCAGAGGCCUGUUGAGAAAGUUUCAGGGACUCAGAAUUUGUCUUUAAUGGCAACAGCUGUAAUUUGGAGUCGUUGGUCCUUUGUGAUCAAACCUAGAAACUACUUGUUGGCUAGUGUAAAUUUCUUUUUAGGUUUAACGGCGUCAUAUCAAUUGAUGCGGAUUACUAAGUAUCGAUUGAACCAAGGUGAUAAUGCGGGAGAAGUUGUUCGAUACAUAUUUUCUGGCGAAGGGUCCUCUAUUAAGGGAGACAAGGUAGUUGUAGAUGGGCAGUCUGCUAAGGCUGCAUGA